CCGUCGCCGCUGGGGCUCUGGGCCCGCAGAGCAACGCGGCUGCCCGGGGCCCCGUCGGGCCCGGCGGGACCGGGAGGCCAGGGGACGCCAUGAGGGGGGCCUGGGCCGCGCCCUGCCGGCUGCUGCCUCUGCUGUGGCUGCUGUUCCCGCGGACAAGUCCCCAGGGCAGCCCUGGGCCCCUGCGGUGCUAUGGUGUUGGGCCCUUAGGCGACUUGAACUGCUCCUGGGAGCCUCUUGGGGACCUGGGAGCACCCUCCACGCUGCACCUCCAGAGCCAGAAGUAUCAUUCCAACAGAACCUGGACUGUGGCAGUGCCUACCGGGCAGAGCUGGGUGACCAUCCCCCGGGAACAGCUCACCACAUCUGACGAACUCCUUGUCUGGGCGGCCGUGGCGGGCCAGCCUCUCUGGCCCCCAGUCUUCGUGAACCUGGAGACACAAAUGAAGCCAGAAGCCCCCCAACUGGACCCUGACGUGGACUUGUCAGAGGAUGACCCCCUGGAGGCCACUGUCCGAUGGGCCCCACCUCCGUGGCCACCCCAUAAGGUCCUGGUCUGCCAGUUCCACUACCGACGAUGCCAGCAGACAGCCUGGACCCUGCUGGAACCAGAACUGAAAUCCAUACCCCUGACCCCCAUUGAGAUCCAGGACCUAGAACUAGCCACUGGCUACGAGGUGUCUGGCCGCUGCCGAAUGGAGAAAGAAGAGGACCUGUGGGGCGAGUGGAGCCCCAUUCUGCCCUUCCAGACACUGCCCUCUGCUCCAAAAGAUGUUUGGAUAUCGGGGGACCUCUGUGGGACACAAGAUGGACAGAAAUCCCUGCUUCUGUGGAAGCCCCCCGGGCACUGUGUGCAGGCGAGCUAUAGAGUCUGGUUCCAGGCUAAAGGUCAGGACCCGAUCCCCCAGGAGAUUCCCUGCUGUAGCUCCUCCAUCCCAACCCAAGCGGAGUGGGUUGCAGUGUCCGCCAUCAAUGCCACAAGCUGGGAGCACCGCACCAACCUUUCUCUGGUCUGCUUGGGUUCUGACUCUGCCCCUCGUGAUGUGGUGGUCAGCAGCAUUGCUGGGAGCACAGAGCUGCUGGUGACUUGGCAGCAAGGGUCCGGGGAGCCACAGGAGCAUGUGGUGGACUGGGCUCGAGACGGGGAACCCCUGGAGAACCUCAACUGGGUCCGGCUUCCCCCUGGGAACCUCAGUGCUCUGUUGCCAGAGAAUUUCGAAAAAGGGGUCCCCUACCGAAUCACAGUGACAGCGGUCUCUCCUGGGGGCUUGUACCCUGCCCCCUCAGUCUGGACGUUCCGAGAGGAACUAGCACCGUUAGUGGGACCAGCGCUUUGGAGACUCCAGGAUGCUCCCCCAGGGACCCCCGCCAUAGCGUGGGGAGAGGUCCCAAGGCACCAACUUCGGGGCCAUCUCACCCACUACACCUUGUGUGCGCAGAGUGGGACCAGGCCUUCUGUCUGCAUGAAUGUGAGUGGCAGCACCCAGAAAACCACCCUGCCCAACCUCCCCUCGGGUCCCUGUGAGCUGUGGAUGACGGCAUCCACCAUCGCAGGACAGGGCCCACCUGGUCCCAGCCUCCGGCUUCACCUGCCAGAUAACACCCUAAAGCUGAAAAUUCUGCCAGGUGUCCUUCUCCUGUGGGGCUUGCUCCUGAUGGGCUGUGGCAUGAGGCUAGCCAUCCCUGAAAGGUGCCUCCACCUGUGGCACAAGAUACUCCCCCGUUGGGUCUGGGAGGACAUCCCCGAUCCUGCCAAUAGCAAUUUCAGCCAGCCCCACGUAGAGGAGGUACCCCAGGCCCAGCCCCCUGGAGACUUGCCCAUCCUGGAAGUGGAAGAGAUGGAGCCGCUACCAGUUAUAGAGCGCCCCCAGACCUCCUCCCGGCUUGAUUCUGGGUAUGAGAAACACUUCCUGCCCACACCUGAGGAGCUGGGCCUUCUGGGCACGGCGCCCAGGCCCCAGGUUCUGGCCUGAACUGACCCCAGGCCAGGAGACGGGGUGCUCAUUUGACAGCUGAAGACACUGAGGCUCAGAGAGGCUGAGCCACUUGCCUAAG